AUGGCAACUCUCACCCGACUGGCCCGCAUUCGCAAAGGUCUUGAGCAGACUGGAGCCCAGUUCCAGCUUACAGAGGAUGAAAUUGCAACUAUUCUGAAAUCUACUCUUAAAGGACUUGAAUACUUGCACUUUAUGAGAAAAAUACAUAGAGAUAUAAAGGCUGGAAACAUCCUUCUUAACACUGAGGGGCAUGCAAAAUUAGCUGAUUUUGGUGUGGCUGGCCAGUUAACAGAUACAAUGGCAAAACGUAAUACUGUUAUAGGAACUCCAUUCUGGAUGGCUCCUGAGGUAAUACAAGAGAUUGGCUAUAAUUGCGUGGCAGACAUCUGGUCACUUGGCAUCACUUCAAUAGAAAUGGCUGAAGGAAAGCCUCCAUAUGCUGAUAUUCAUCCAAUGAGGGCUAUUUUUAUGAUUCCUACAAAUCCCCCUCCAACCUUCCGGAAGCCAGAGCUCUGGUCUGAUGAAUUCACAGAUUUUGUGAAGAAAUGCUUAGUGAAAAAUCCUGAACAAAGAGCUACAGCAACACAGCUGCUACAGCAUACGUUUAUUAAGAAUGCCAAGCCAGUUUCAAUUUUAAGGGACCUGAUCACUGAAGCUAUGGAGAUAAAGGCAAAGCGACAUGAGGAACAGCAGAGAGAACUAGAAGAGGAGGAAGAAAAUUCGGAUGAAGAUGAGCUGGACUCUCACACCAUGGUGAAGACCAGUUCAGAGAAUGCUGGUACCAUGAGGGCCACAAGCACGAUGAGUGAAGGUGCUCAGACAAUGAUUGAACACAACAGUACUAUGUUAGAAUCGGACCUGGGGACCAUGGUAAUAAACAGUGAUGAUGAUGAAGAGGAAGAUGGGACCAUGAAAA